AUGGCGACCCUCGGAGGAUUCCUCAACAAGAAAGUCCUGAUUGUCACGGCCGACUCUCGCAUCCUCGUUGGCACACUGGCCGCCUGCGACCAGAGCACGAACCUGGUCCUGAACAGUGCCACGGAGAGAAUUAUUCGGACGACCGACGACCCAGAGCCCUCCGCCCAAGUGCCGCUCGGCCUCUACCUCGUGCGCGGAGACAACGUCUGCUCGAUUGGUCUCGUCGACGAAGCGCUCGACGAUAGCAUUAACUGGUCGGAAGUCAAGGGCUCGGCGAUAGGAGGCAUAAAACACGUAUAA